UUAGACAUGGCUGAUUUGCUCUCCACAACGCAGAAGAUCCCAAAUGUCUUUUUGGGGUUUUUUUGUGUGAGCUGUGCUGCUCCUCCACGUCAUCCUACGUGUUUGUUUUUUUUCUUCCACUCCAUCCUUAAAACAGCAGCCGGCCCUCCUCUGUACUACUUGACAGGCUCUACCAGUCCAGUCCUGCAGAGCGUUAUCCGACAUGAAGCUGGGACUCGCAGCUCUCCUGUGCCUCUCUAGCCUCGUGUGGCUGUCGGAGUGCACACCUCCGACCUGCUACUCCAGAGCUCUCGACCUGAGCAAAGAAAUCAUGACGCUGCUGGAUAAAAUACACACUUCUCAUCGCACGAAAACAUGUGCUGAGAUUCUGCCUGUCAUCUUCCUGGACGUGCAUAACUCCUGCAUCACUACCAAGCUCCGUGACUUUCUUUACGUGGUGUUGAACCAUCCCAACCAGUACUGCAGAGAGAAACCCAGAAUGGUUCUGCUGAAGCGCAAAAUCCAGACCCUUUACAGCAUCAUCACCAGAAUCUGUUAUCGGGACUUGGUGUUUUUCACAGACGACUGCCAGGCUAUUGAUACUGGAAACACCAGUCCUUACUAUGCAGAGGACAGGCUUCAGCUGCUCCAAGAGGACAGAUGAUCAACAAAAACACAGAUAUCCGGGCAUACGCUGCUGUUACAUUCAUAUAAAUACCACAGUAACAACACGUAGAAUGGUAGAACAUGCACCAUAAACACCACAUACUAAAGUGUAUCAGAUGCAGCAUAAACGCAUCAUAAGGCUUUGGUAGUGCACGCAGUGCUGCUUCACACUGUACCCAGUUGGGUACACACUCAUGUUAUUGGACAUGCAUGGCUACAUUCCAGCAAGGAGUGCAGAACUUUCCACAGGAAAUUUGCUGAAUGCCAACCAUGCCGAUGAAAACCUUGAAAUAACAAACCAAGGGAGCCAGCCUUAACCGCUGCUUACUUACCAGGGCUGAUCAAAGCUCCGCGUGUCAUUAAGAGAAAUAUAUCGUUGUUGUCGCAACCUGUAGCCUGACAAACAUGUAUUUGAGGGAGCACUGUAACGCAUUUUGUAAACAUCUGAAGACCUGAACAUGGUGGGGAAAGUGUUAUGCAAGAAAUAGAUAUCUAAGCCAUGCUUGUACAGUAUGUUCCUUCUGAUAGGGUUUGAAAGAGUUGUGUCAGUUCUGCUGCUUGUACUCAUGCUGAAUGAAUAUCAUGGAUCAACGGCAUUAAGCAGACUGAAUGUAAAAUAACAGAUGUAUCACUGUCAGAGAGAGAAACUCACUGCCUUUUAUGAGUACUUACCCAUGAUUACCCACAUAUGCAAUAAACCCUCUCUUUAUGUGUCAGA